AUGCUGCAUAUUCAUGCAGCUGCUACGCUGCUGCUGCUGGCGGCCGGAUCUGUUGCCCUAGCCUCCCUUGUGGGUGACACUACACUGUUGCCCUCCCGAGCUGCCACCAAGGAUGCCUGGUUCCCCUCCAUUCUCUACCCUUUCCAUGACAAUUUGGGGGAGGCGGCACAGCGGCUGCAGAAAACAUUCAACCGGGACUUGGAGCCCGAGGCCGGCGCCGGCGCCGCUGCGAACCCUGCCAUUCCCGAGGAGGUGUGGAAUAUCAAACAAAUGAUCAAGUUGACACAGGAACAUAUAGAGGCCCUACUGGACAAAUUUGGUGGGGAGCAUAAUCCACCGUCAGUAUAUCUGGAGGCAUAUGAAGAAUACACCAGCAAGCUAGACGCACUCCAACAACGAGAACAACACUUACUGGAAUCUCUGGGCAACGGAAUUGAUUUUUCUGUUUCUAGCUCUGCAUCAACGGACACCAUUACAUCUCCUUCCUCUUCUAGCCUUUCAGUGCUACCUUCAUCUCUUUUAGUUUUUCAAAAUCCCAAAGACGUGGCAUGGAGCAACCCCAAGCCACCACAAAACCCUAUCGUUAGAGUCUUCCUGCCCAACAAAAAGGACAGUGGUGAGUCAGUUUUAAUACCACCAUUUUGCUGUUUCUUUGUAUUUUUCAGAAAGAUCAGUUGUUGA